AAACCAAGCGCGCCGUAAUGGAUCUAGCAAUCUAGUUUAUGUCGCCUGCACUGCACUAAACCAAAAUAUUUUAUUUAAAUAUAACUAACGUGACUAGUAAGAUGCUGAAUGUUGGAGACCGAUGGGUUGUCUAAAUAUAAAUGAUUGGACUAGAUAUUAUACUUAAUUUUUUCGACUGAAUUGCCAUUUCUGCUGGCCAUUAAAAAAAUGCCUAUUCGAGCCUACUGCACCAUCUGCUCGGACUUCUUUGAUCACUCGAGAGAUGUUGCUGCCAUCCAUUGUGGGCACACUUUCCACUACGGCUGUCUUCAACAGUGGUUUCAGACAGCCCCUCACAAGACCUGCCCCCAAUGUAGAAAACAGGUUAGCACGAGACACAUUAUUAAUAAGCUCUUCUUCGAUAUUGGUGGAGAAGAAGAGAACUCAUCCAUAGAUCCAGAGAGCUUACAGAAUGAACUGAGUAGAUUGAAAGCUACGUUAAGUGCUAACGAGGCUCACUGGAGUGACAGAUGUAAAGAGGUAAACAAAUUGAAGGAGACUGUGGAGAAGCAAAAGAAAGACCUGAAUAAUGUCCGAAAAGAGAUUGAAGAAAAAGAGAUGCUCUGCUCUGCUCUCAAGAAACAAAUGAAGUACUUGGAAACCCAGCAGAAAGAAACACAGGCCGCCAAGGAGGAAGCUCGCAGACUCAUGACCAAAAUGAAAACUUAUGAGAAUCUUGAUGUGUUAUUGCAAGGCCAGAGAGCCGAGGUAGAAUCUAUGAUCACAGACAUGGGUGUGGGCCAGGCUGCUGUGGAACAGCUCUCCAUCUACUGCAUCUCUCUCAAGAAGGAGUAUGACAACCUGAAAGGGAGCCUCAGAUCUUCAAAUGAAAUGUGUGAAAAACUCAAACGAGAGGUUUUUACCUCAAACAACAAGUUACAAAAAGCUACUAUGGAAAUGAACCGUACCAAGGAGGAUAUGAAGGCUGUUCAGAAUGACCUAACAGGUGCUGAUAAAGAGAUCAGUAGUCUAAAAAAGAAAGUGGAAGUUCUUCAAAAGACACUGAGCACACCCACGCGCACAAAUGAAGCCCUGAGUCGUCUCGUCUUCGAGAGCCCUGCUCCGAUGAAUCUUAAACAGCCCUAUCUUCACCAGCCUGCCAACUGUGAGGACAUUGACCUAAACAUGACCUUUGACAUUACCACCCCUGAGGCCGUGAGGCCAGUACAGGUCCCAUCCAAAAAGAUGCGCCUGGAUCCUGGAGUGUCUUUAUCUUCCAAACAGUGUGAAAGUAGCUCUUCUGGAAGCGAGGUUAGAGACGAAGAGGAUCCAUUCUUCCGGAACUCGCUCCUCUUCAGGAAGAAGAUGUUUGGUAGCAUGUUAGAUCCUCAGAGGAGUAGACAAGGGGUGAUGAGGAGUGGCUAUGAUGGUCUGGGUGGACGGACUAAGUUCAUUCAACCUUCUCCUUUGUCUGAGAUCCGUCCACUCAUCAUGAAGGGCAAAAGGAAGAAGGUGUCCCGCCCCGCUCCUCCCAAGCUCCCCAGCUGCCUGACCCUUGACAGUUUCCUGGAAUGAACCCUGACUAGUCUAUAUUCUGUUCUCAGUUUGCGAAAUAUCUUUGCUUCUGAACUGAAUGCUUCUGAAACAUUUACAAAUUGAAGUGAGAAAUCUUCCUUUAUGCGGUGUUCCAAGGGGAUUAUCAGCAUUAUUAUGUUGAUAAUAUUUCCUGUACACCUGCCUCUAUUUUUUGAAAUGUUUUUUGUAGAUAUACUUCUAUUAUGAAAUUGCAUUUUUUUAUGUUAAAUAAAUUAUGUUUUCUAA